GGAAUUCAGAGUGGCUGGGACUGGAGAAAAAUAUCUGCUCUGCGAACGUUAGCGUCCACCAAGCUAACGGUAGGUAGCACUGGAGUAAACAUGGAGCUGUCCGCCGUCGGGGAGAGGGUGUUCGCUGCCGAAUCUAUCAUCAAACGGAGGAUAAGGAAGGGUCGGAUUGAAUACCUUGUGAAAUGGAAGGGCUGGUCUCCAAAAUACAGCACUUGGGAGCCAGAGGAGAAUAUUUUGGACUCGCGCCUGUUUGCCGCUUUUGAGCAGAGGGAGCGUGAACGGGAGCUGUAUGGGCCCAAAAAGAGGGGACCGAAACCCAAGACGUUUCUGCUCAAGGCUCAGGCUAAAGUUAAAGCCAAGUCCUAUGAGUUCAGGAGUGAGGCGGUCCGAGGGAUGCACAUCACCUACCCGACCGCAGAGCCGGUGGUCACCCCCAGGGCCAGAGAGGGCCUGAGAGCUGUUGUUCCCACUAUCUUCCCGCCCAGUACUGUCAACCGUGGAGAAAGCGUACGCGUCCGACCGUCAGAACUGUGCACACGCGAGCACCAGCAGCCUCCCCUCCAGCAAACCGGUCCAGACGGACUCAUCCACAUACCCAAAAAAAGAGGCCCGAAGCCGAAGCCUCGCUUCAAGGACAGCAGCUGCGGCCCUGCCGUCUCUGAGCCCCACAACAGGAGAGCAGAGGAGCAGGCGAGCCACAUCCCUCACAAACUGGGUAAGCUCCAGGGGGGCGCGGACAUGAGGCUGGUCAAAGUGUCCCACAGACAUCCAGAGAACUACCCUCACAGCCAUAAAUACCACCAUCACCACCACCACCAUCACCAUCAUCACCACGCACACAACCGGGGAAUCUCCGGCGGAAGCUCCUACAAGCAGGUGUACUCGGACCGCAGCCUGCAUCCACACAGAACUGACAUGGACACACACAGGACUAAGGACAGCUCUAAUUACCUGGCACCUCCACACUUCAAGCACCAGUCCAAAAUGAGCCAGAGCCUGAGCUGCCCCGCCAAGCUUCCACAGAUGGAAAAGCCUUACUUCUUGGACAGGCCGUCCCCGACCAGGCUCGACGUCGACUUGGACGAAGUCACGUGGAGGCCCUCUCUCGGCAACGUGGAAAAGGUCCUGGUGACGGACGUGACCACCAACUUCCUGACCGUCACCAUCAAGGAGAGCAGCACUUCUAAAGGCUUCUUCAAAGACAAAAGAUGAUUGCUUAACUGAUUUCUUUAUGCCGUGUUUUGCUUUUCUCUGACUUGCAUCAGGAUCAUUCUGAAGUUUAUAGGACAUAGUGUGAUUAUUAGGCAGAGCAGUUUUUGUAUGUACUGUAUAAAGGCAAAUUCCAUAAUGUGCAUAUGUGUAUAUAUUAUUAAGUUGGACAUCUGUGUAAUGUAUUGACCAAAUCAAUGAAGUCCAUUUCACAACUUGCAUUGGUUAAACAUGAAAGAGUUGCAUGUUUCCUUUGCAGCAGCUGGCUACUUUCUGUACAGAGCUUGUGAAUUUUUUUCUAUUUUGCGACUGUAACUAACUAAAAUGUAUUUUUUCACUCGUGUAUUUCCCUGCCUCAGCUCAUGCUAGCAAAUUGUUAGAAGUGAAACGAGGCACUAAUACUAAAUUCAGUCUGUGGAUUGAAUAUUUCUUUAUAAUUUGAGUUAAUUAGACUGAAUAUACCCUGUUUAAUUCAAUAGGGUUAAUAUUUGAAAAUUUACUCAAGCACUUUGAAUUCAAAAGUAUUAUGAAAUAAUCCGUUUAUGUUGUGUUCAAAGACCGAGCCUGUCUCGGACUUUUUAAUGUCUAACAUUUCUAAUUGAAAGAGAAAUUUAAUAAAAUCACCACGGACAGUCUGUAUGUGCAUAUAACUACAUUUUUUUCCAUUAACAUCGUAUAUUUUACAUUUUCAUAGAAAACGUUCAUGAAGCUUUAAUGUAAUAAGAUAAUUACAGAGUUGGUGUCCAAUUGCUUUUUAGACGCUUUUCAAUAAAUCCUUUUGA